CCACCGCCACUGCCGCCGGCGCCGCUCCUCCUCCGUGUCAGUUGUUGGGCUGUAAUGGCGACUGGGCCGCCGCCGCCGAAGUGACUCCCGGGCGGGGGAGCGGGGCCGGACCUGCGCCAGAGGGAACUGCAGAGAGCCGCAGCUCAGGGGGAGGCUUGCUGUGGGGGAGGGGAGGCAGCCUUUCCGCCUCUCCUUCCUUCUCUGCAGCCCGGCGGAUCCGGGGAGCCGGUGCGAGGCGGGCACCCGGUGCGUCCCCGGAGCGGGGAGGCCAGGCCCGGCAGCCCUGGGGCCGGUCGGGGCGGCAUCGCUGCACCCUCCGCCAGGCCCCGCGGGAUGCACCGUGGGAGCCGAGGGCGGAGGCGACACUCUCAGGUAAAUUGGCAGGAUGAAGAGCAGCAAAUCAAAAGAGGUGCCUUUACCAAAUCCAAGGAACUCUCAAAGCAAGGAUACUGUUCAAGCAGAUAUAACCACAUCGUGGGAUGCACUUUCUCAGACUAAGGCUGCUCUGAGACACAUUGAAAACAAAUUAGAAGUAGCCCCUACAGGUACAGCUGUGUUUGAUUCUGUCAUGGAUACCAAGAAAUCUUCUGCAAGUGCUACCAGAAAAAUAAGUAGAAAAGAUGGUAGAUACCUGGAUGAUUCUUGGGUUAAUGCUCCAACCUCCAAAUCUUCUAAGUCAUGGAAAGAGAAAUCUCGGAGUCCUCUCAGAGUUACCACCCUAGAGAGUAAUGUAAAGAAAAAUAACCGUGUGGAGUUUCGCGAACCUUUGGUUUCUUACAGGGAGAUCCAUGGUACACCUUCCAAUAUAAGUCCUAGCCAUCUAGAGUCAAAGCAUGUUUACGUGGAUAUUAAUGAAGAAAAGCCUGAGAGCAGGAACCGGAUGAUAUAUAAUCGAGAAGAACGGAAUAUACAUUGCUGUGAUUUUGAGAGCUCUCAAUCCUCUGUCAUCAAUGAUACGGUGGUUAGGUUUUUAAACGAUCGACCAGCAAUUGAUGCAUUACAAAAUUCUGAAUGUUUAAUUAAGAUGGCAGCUCCUGUGAGAACUGAGGAAGAAAAUUCUAAUAGAGCAAAAGGAAAUGAGAAGACUUCUGUAAGUAACAUGGGCCAUGAGGUUGAUCCAAAAGUGUUACGGAUAACUGACUCUUCUCCAUCCUCUACUAGUACUUCUAAUUCCCAAAGGUUAGAUAUCUUAAAGCAGCGACAACAUGAUGUCAAACUGGAAAAACUCAAGGAGCGAAUUAGGAAACAGUGGGAACACUCAGAAGAAACAAAUGGCCGGGGCCAGAAUCUGGGUCAUAUUGACCAUCCAGUAAUGGUUGUUAAUGUUGAUAACUCAGUGACAGCAAAAGUCAGGAAAGUGGCAACAGCACCACCUGCUCCAACAUAUAAAGGCUUCAAUCCUUCAGAGACCAAGAUUCGAACACCUGAUGGGAAAGUGUGGCAGGAAGCUGAAUUUCAAAGCAUGAGUAGAGAACUGUAUCGAGACUUAGCACUUCACUUUGCAGAUGAUAUCUCUAUGAAAGAGAAACCUGCUGAAAAAAGUAAAGAGAAGAAAGUGGUCAAGCCAGUAAGAAAAGUCCAAAAGGUAACACAGUUGUCAAGUCCAGAAGGCAAAACAGGUAGUAGUCGCCUGAUAAGUACAUCCUCUUGGCGAGAUGGACAAAAAUUAGUAAAGAAGAUUCUGGGGCCUGCACCCAGAAUGGAGCAAAAAGAGCGAAGAACAGUGUCAAGUGACAGAAGUGGAAGAGAAAGAACUACUAAAUCUGGCUGUCAUAUUGGAAGAGCAGAAUCUGAUCCUAGAUUGGAUGUUUCACAUAGACAUCUUCCACGAAACUCAGAACGUUCGAGAAGUAGAGCUCGGUCUGAAAAUAACACAAAGAAAUUAGCUCCAUCUCUUCCAGACAAUAAACAGGAGGAAAAUACUGCCUUAAAUAAGGACUUUUUACCUCUUGAAAUUCGUGGAAUUCUUGAUGACCUACAGUUGGAUUCUGCAGUUCAGGCUGCAAGGCAAGAGACAGGAGAGUUACAGAAUCAGAAGUCAUCAGCACCAGGGCAAGCUGCUAGGAGUCAUAGCCCAGUAAAAAGAAAACCUGACAAAAUAACAGCUAGUGAAGAUCCACCUGUUAUUUCCAAAAAGCGCCACUAUGACACAGAUGAGGUACGGCAGUACAUCGUUAGACAGCAGGAGGAAAGGAAGAGGAAGCAAAAUGAAGAGAAAAAGGCUCAAAAGGAGGCCACUGAGCAGAAGAACAAACGAUUACAGGAGCUCUAUCGGAAACAGAAAGAAGCCUUUACUAAAGUAAAAAAUGUGCCUCCCUCUGAGCCAUCAGUAACUAGGCGACUGCAAGACACUUACUCCAAACUGCUCCUAGAAAAGACCUUGCUCGAAGAGCCGCCACAUCAACAAGCUACCCAGGAAACACAGACUAAACCCGGGUAUCAGCCUUCUGGAGAAUCCGACAAAGAAAACAAAGUACAGGAACGUCCCCUAAGUGCAUCUUCCAGUAGUGACAUGUCUCUGUCAGAGCCUCCACAGCCUCUUGCAAGAAGGGACUUGAUGGAACCUACAUGGAUGCAGCCUGACAGAUUGAGCCCACGAGUCCAGAAUACUCAACCACAGCCUCUUAUUGGAACAGCUGGAAAUUUACUUUCCCAUCUCUUGAGUCUAGAACAUGCAGGAAUUUUGCAUAAGGAUCUUGAAUCUAUUUUACCAACCAGGAAGAAUCAUACUGUGGCCUCAGGGCCAUUAACUUUUACACCUCAACCAUACCUGACCUCACCAGCUGCUCAUCCAGAUGCCUUGUUAAAACCUAGUGCCAGCCAGUAUAAGAGUAAACUGGAUCGUAUUGAAGCCUUGAAAGCAACAGCUGCUUCUUUGUCCAGCAGGAUUGAAAGUGAAGCCAAGAAAUUAGCUGGGGCUAACAUAAACUAUGGGUCAGCAUGGAACACUGAGUAUGAUGUACAGAAAACACCCCAAGAAGAUGAACCUUGGACCAAGGCUAUAAGUCCACCUGUGAAAGAGGAUACUGAAGAUGUUUUCUCUGCCCGAAUUCAAAAGAUGAUGGGAACCUGUGUAUCUCAUGCAACUUUUGAUGAUGAUCUUCCUGGUGUAGGCAACCUCAGUGAAUUUAAAAAGCUUCCUGAGAUGAUAAGACCGCAUAGUGCCAUAUCAAGGUUCAGAAUCAGAUCCCCUGGUCCUAAACCAGAAGGGCUCCUGGCACAGUUGUGUAAGAGGCAGACUGACUCUUCCAGCUCUGAUAUACAAGCUUCUCAAGACAAAGCUAAAUUGUCUCUUGGUUCCAGCACAGAUUCAGUCAGUGAAGGGCCUCUUCUUAGUGAAGGGAGUCUCUCUGAAGAAGAAGGAGGACAAGAUGUACAGCCUCCGUUGAAGGUAGCAGAAAUCUUAAAGGAAAAGGAAUUUUGUGCUGGAGAAAGAAAUGGUUAUGAACCCAUCAAAGAGUUUCAGAAGGAAGCUGAAAAAUUUUUGCCACUUUUUGGGCACAUAGGUAGUACAGAAAGCAAAGGACCAUGGGAAGAAUUGGCAAAGGGAAGUCCACAUAGUGUCAUUAAUAUUUUUACAAAGUCAUAUCAGCUGUAUGGAAAAGGGUUUGAAAGAGGAACCUCAGCAUCACGGCCUUUAAAUGCCAUCACAACACCUCUAAGCAGUGUUUCAUAUGAAGAUGAUUUUGUCUCCUCUCCAGGGAGUGGGACUUUGACAGAAAGAAAAUCAGCUCUCGAACCUAAUAUCAGUGGUAGCAAUUUGGGCAUUCAGGAGGACCAUUCUAGCAGGAAGUCUGCCUAUGAUCUGUCCUCUGUGGAAGUUACCUCCCAGCAUUCAUCAGGGGCCCAGUCUGCUACAUCAUCUCGUUCAUCUACUUCUUCUAAAGGGAAGAAAGGAAAAAAAGAAAAGAUAGAAUGGCUGGAUUCACUCACUGGAAAUGUUCAGAACUCACUUCUUGAUGAGGAGAAAGUACAUUCUGGCUCAGAACGUGGCUCUCAUCAAGGAAAGAAAUCUGGGACCAGUAGCAAACUUUCUGUUAAAGAUUAUGAGCAGACCCUUGACAGUGAUAGCAUUUUGGAGGAUCUUUCUGGGCAUUCUGUGAGUGUCUCAUCAGACAAGGGAAGAUCUCAGAAAACUCCAACUUCUCCCCUGUCUCCAAGUUCCCAGAAGUUUGACCCUCCAGGAACUUCAUUAGAAAGAUCUAAAUCCUCGGUAAUAAUGCCUCCAUCUAUAACAGGAUUUAAGCCUAAUGCACCUUUUACUGAUAUGAACCUUGCUGCCAGUCGAACAACUACAGAGAUGGCCUCAACAUCAGGUUCUAAGCGCCUUUCUCCUGCUGGUCUCCAGCAUCGCAUGGCAGCAGAACUCAGCUACUUGAGUGCCAUUGAGGAGUCGGUGCGCCAACUGUCCGAUGUGGAAAGAGUUAGAGGCGUAUCGCUUGCUCAGCAGGAGAGUGUGUCUCUAGCUCAGAUCAUAAAGGCACAGCAGCAACGCCACGAAAGAGACUUGGCUCUUUUGAAAUUGAAGGCUGAACAAGAGGCUUUGGAGUGUCAGAGGCAGUUAGAAGAAACCCGAAACAAAGCAGCUCAGGUCCAUGCAGAAUCCUUACAGCAGGUGGUCAAAUCACAAAGGGAAGUAACCGAAGUCCUGCAGGAAGCAACUUGUAAAAUAGCUGCUCAGCAAACAGAGACUGCUCGUCUCACCACAGAUGCAGCUCGCCAAAUCUGUGAAAUGGCAGAGUUGACUCGAACUCAUAUCUCAGAUGCUAUUACUGCUUCAGGAGCUCCCCUCGCCACACUGUAUGACCACCAGCGACAACAUGCUCCAGACUUUGUGAAACAGCUGAGGACCAGAGCUGAAACGGAUAGAAAAAGUCAAUCCAUUUCACUAUCUCAAAGUAAAGAAGGGACUCUUGACUCAAAGCAUCAAAAGUAUUCCCCUUCAUAUGAGAGUUACUCUGAGUCUUCAAGAUACAAGAAUCAUGAUCGAAGAAGUAGUAGUGGUAGCAGCCGUCAAGAAAGUCCCUCAGUACCAUCUUUUAAGGAAAAUGAGAGGAAACUUCAUGGUGAAAAGAUGGAGAGUUCUAUUGAUGAACAAAUUCAGACUGCUGCAGAUGAUUCUCUACGAAGUGACAGUGUACCAUCUCUUCCUGAUGAGAAAGAUUCCACUUCUAUUGCAACAGAAUAUUCCCUGAAAUUUGAUGAAUCUAUGACAGAAGAUGAAAUAGAAGAAAAAUCAUUUCGAUCUUUAUUACCUUCUGAGAGUCAUCGCAGAUUUAACAUGGAAAAGAAAAGAGGCCAUCAUGAUGACUCUGACGAUGAAACCUCUCCAGAAAAGACAACACUUUCUUCUACCAAGGAGCUGAGUAUGCCAUUCUCUGGAGGACAAGAUAGUUUUUCUAAAUUUACUAUGGAGAUGGUUCGACAGUAUAUGAAAGAAGAGGAAAUGAGGGCAGCUCACCAGUCGUCACUCCUGCGUCUCCGUGAGAAGGCCCUGAAGGAGAAAACAAAGGCUGAAUUAGCCUGGCUAGAGCAUCAGAAAAAACAUCUACGAGACAAAGGAGAAGAUGAUAAAAUGCCCCCUCUUCGGAAAAAACAGCGUGGUUUACUUUUAAGGUUGCAGCAAGAGAAGGCAGAAAUUAAACGUCUUCAAGAAGCCAAUAAGGCAGCUCGGAAGGAAAGACAGCUAAUUCUAAAGCAGCAGGAGGAGAUAGAAAGGAUACGACAGACCACCAUAAAGUUACAGGAGAAGUUAAAGUCAGCAGGGGAGAAUAAAUUGGAUUCUCAUAGUGAUGAUGAUACAAAGGAUAAUAAGGCAAUCAGUCCUGGUCCAACUGACUUGGAGACCCGUAGUCCUUCCCCUAUUUCAAUCUCCAGCAGCGAAACUAGCAGCAUUAUGCAGAAACUAAAAAAAAUGAGAAGCCGCAUGGAUGAAAAGUUUCUGACAAAGCGAGAGCAAAAACUAAUGCAACGACGACAACAUGCAGAGGAGCUGCUAGAGUGGAAGCGACGUUUGGAUGCAGAGGAAGCAGAAAUCCGUCAAAUGGAAAAACAAGCUUUGGCUGCUUGGGACAAAGAAUUAAUAAAACCUAAAACUCCUAAGAAAGAACUUGAGGACCAAAGAACAGAACAGAAAGAAAUAGCAAGUGAAGCAGAAUCUCCAGUACCUUCCUACUCUCACCUACACAGUGAAAGCUCUGUUCCAGAAGAAUUGGGCAGCCCUGCUGUUGGAUAUAUACAGUCUGAGUCUGUAGUUCAGGAGCAGCCAGGGAGUCCAGAUCAUAGUGUACUUACUGAAGAAAUGGUUUUUUCACAAGAACUGGAAUCUUCUACCUCUCCUAGUAAACAUUCACCUCCUAAGAGCUGCACAUCUGUGUCAAAGCAAGAGUCUAGCAAAGGAAGUCAUAGGACUGGAGGACAGUAUCGUCUACCUGUCAAGUCCCAGCAACACUGUUACAGUUGGUCAGAUGAGUCACUGUCUAUGACACAGUCAGAAACAACAUCUGACCAAAGUGACAUUGAAGGUAGAAUCAGAGCCCUAAAGGAUGAGUUGCGGAAAAGGAAAUCAGUUGUGGACCAGCUGAAGAAGGAACAGAGAAAACGGCAGAAGGAAAGAUUGAAAGCCCAAGAAGCCAGUCUGAUCAAGCAAUUAGAGUCAUAUGAUGAAUUCAUUAAGAAAACUGAAGCAGAACUUAGCCGAGAUUUGGAAACAUCACCAACAGCCAAGCCUCAGAUUAAAACACUCUCCUCAGCUUCUGAAAAACCCAAGAUCAAGCCCCUCCCAUUACACAGAUCUGAAACAGCAAAGAACUGGAAAUCACUAACAGAAUCAGAACGCUCCAGAGGAUCGUUGGAGUCCAUUGCUGAACACGUUGAUGCUGCAUUGGCAGGUUCUGAGAGAUCAGUACCAGAAAGGUCACUGUCUGCAUAUGCAAAGAGAGUGAUUGAAUUGGAUAGACAAACAGAAGAACAUUUCCAGACUUCGUCUCCAAUUCUUAGAUCAUCAAGAACUAGAGCAGAAUCUGGAGAUUCUCUGGAAAAUGUACCUUCCUUACCUCUUCUCAAAGAAUUGAAUGUCUCUAAUAGAAUUCUGGAUGUGUCAGAUGCCAAGGUUGAGGAAGACUCUAGUCAAAAAUCAGAAAUACAAGAAGUAGACUAUACAAAAUUGGAAGAAAGUGUGAUUGAAGAGGCCUAUUCGAAACAAUCUAGGAAGUCUGAUGUCUUACUGAAACUAGACCUAGAACAGGGAGACUCAUCUGAAAUUCUUUCAAGGAAAGAUCUUUCUUUAGAUUCUAUAAAUGUUCAGAAAGACUUAGUUAGAUUAGCCAUUGAAAAUCUUCAUAGAAAGGAGUUGAAAGAGUCAGAUCAAGAUAUGGAUCAUAGUCCAAACAUCCAAUCAGAAAGAGACAUUCAGGAACAAAAGAACAUAAAGGAAAGGGACUUGUCUUUGUUAGAACAUCUUUUUGCUCCUAAAGAGAUUCCAUACUCUGAAGAUUUCGAAAUGUCUUCCUUCAAGAAAGACAUUUCAGCUGAAUUGUACAAAGAUGACUUUGAGGUGUCAUCUUUGUUGUCACUCAGGAAAGAACCUCAGUCCUGCAGAGACAAAUCACAGCCAACCAGGAACUCUACGAGUAGAGCCAUUAGCUUUGGCAGUGAUGAUGAAAUCAGUGAGUGCCUCAGUGAGAAAAGCCUUUCUGUUCAGAGCAGUGUCCACUCUGAGAGGCUGUUAGAACUCAAGUCCCCUACUGAACUUAUGAAAAGUAAGGAGCGCAGUGAUGUAGAGCAUGAACAGAGAGUUACAGAAACCCCUUCCUUGGUUUCAGUUUCUGUGGCAGAUGAGUUACAUGAUUUCCACAUUGGUGAUAGGGUGUUGAUUGGCAAUGUUCAGCCAGGAACUCUUCGAUUCAAAGGUGUGACUAGUUUUGCAAAAGGAUUUUGGGCUGGAGUAGAGUUGGAUAAAGCUGAAGGAAAUAACAAUGGAACAUAUGAUGGCAUUGUAUACUUUGUGUGCAAAGAGAAACAUGGUAUUUUUGCUCCUCCUCAAAAAAUAUCUCACAUUCCAGAAAACUUUGAUGACUAUGUAGACAUAAAUGAAGAUGAAGAGUCUUACUCAGAUGGACAGUAUCAAUACUAUAAUCAAGAACAAAAAGAUACAGUGGAUUCCAAGUUUGAUAAAGAAAAGGAUGCAGUUGAUUAUUUUUAUGAGAAUUCUCCAUCUAGUAUGCACAAUAUAGAAGCCUCACUUGGUAGAAGCCUUAAAAUAGAAACAGACAACAUUCAGGACAUCUCCGGGGUACUUGAAGCCCAUGUUCACCAGCAGUCUUCAGUGGAUUCACUGAUCUGUUCACAGGAAAACAAAAACCUUGUUUCUAGUGCCACAGAAAAGAUCUCCAUUGCUGUAGAAGACGAUACUUUAGAUAAUACCUUUUCUGAAGAAUUAAAGAAGCAACAACAGUUUACAGAAAGGGAAGAGAACCUAUAUCCCGAGGUGUCAGAGAAGCUUUCUACUCCACUUCUGGAUCUUUUAACGAGAGAAAAGAACCAAUUGGAAGCCCAACUGAGGUCAACUCAAAGUGAGGAAAAAAAGUCAGAGCAACAGCUAGAAAGAGUCUCUUUACUGACAGACAGUUUACUAACAGUCUUUGUGAAGGACACAGUCAAUCAACUACAAGAAAUCAAAAAAUCUAGGAAUGAAAAAAUCCAGCUUAGCAAUCAAGAGCUUCUUGAUGAUGAUCAAAAGAAAGUUCUAUCCCAAGCCCUAUCCCCAGAUCUUGAGGAACAGUCAUCAACUGUUCCAGGUUGCUUCUUAAGGUCUGAAUUGGAAGAUGAAAAAGAAGAGAUUUCUUCACCAGAUAUAUGCCCCAGACCUGAGAGUCCAGUAUUUGGUGCCAGUGGGCAGGAAGAACUUGCGAAGAGACUUGCUGAACUUGAGAUCAGCCGGGAGUUCCUGAGUGUGUUAGGAGAUGAUCAAGAUUGGUUUGAUGAAGACUUUGGUUUGAGCUCUUCUCACAAGAUCCCCAAAAAUAAAGCAGAAGAAACAAUUGUACCUCUAAUGGCAGAACCUAAAAGAGUUCCCCAGAAGCCAUGUGAAACACUAUUGGCAGUCCCACAUACUACAGAGGAAGUAGAAAUUCUGGUACAUAAUGCAGCAGAAGAACUCUGGAAAUGGAAAGAAUUAGGUCAUGAUCUUCAUAGCAUCAGCAUUCCUACAAAACUGCUUGGCUGUGCCAGUAAGGGUCUAGAUAUAGAAAGCACUAGUAAAAGGGUCUACAAACAGGCGGUUUUUGAUUUAACAAAAGAGAUUUUUGAGGAAAUAUUCGCAGAGGAUCCCAACUUGAAUCAACCUGUCUGGAUGAAGCCAUGUAGAAUCAACUCUAGUUAUUUCCGACGAGUGAAAAAUCCAAAUAACCUUGACGAAAUCAAGAACUUCAUAGCCACAGAAGUACUCAAGUUGUUUAGUCUUAAAAAGGAGCCAAACCACAAAACAGAUUGGCAGAAAAUGAUGAAAUUUGGAAGAAAGAAAAGAGACCGAGUGGAUCAUAUCCUGGUCCAGGAGCUCCACGAAGAGGAGGCACAGUGGGUGAACUAUGAUGAGGAUGAGUUGUGUGUGAAGAUGCAGCUAGCUGAUGGGAUCUUUGAGACCUUGAUCAGAGAUACUAUUGAUGUUCUGAAUCAGAUCAGUGAAAAACAGGGGAGAAUGCUACUUGUGUGACAUCUUGCAAAUAAAUCGAACACUGAGUGCUAACAUGAGUCCUGGGCCUUUCUGCCUCCUGAUACACACCCCAUCUCCAUCAUAGCAAGAGCGCUUCUGGACUUGUUACCUUUUCUUAAAGACUACUGGUUUGGAGUUCAUGGGACAGUGCGAUAUAUCUGGUAUGACAGCCUUUGCCUUUAGAGACUGUCCACUGGAUUAGUUGGUUAUUUUCAGUGGGCAGGGUUGCACUCCUGAUGUUGACACACAGUAUAAUCCUACACCUCUUGUUAACACCCCUACUGGGUCUCAGCUGUGGGCUGAAAACACCAGACUGACCUCUUAGCUUAGACUAGGCUAUUACUUUGUUGAGGCUGAAGUCAGGCAGGAGAGGUAUAUAGAAUUCUGCAUCUUACCAAUUUUGAAAUGUAAUCCUGGUCUUACACCGUGAAAGUCAUAAAUGGACAUUAUAGUCUCUAAACAGUAUUAAACCCCUAACCACUUCUACAUAGGCAAGCCUAAUAACAUGUGCCUAUUUCACAUUCUGGAAUUCAUUUCAUUUCUUUUUGAAGAUCAUUUUCUUCCAUUAUUGCAGUUGAGCAGCACCAAGUGGACUGUCGAGUUCACAGAAAUCCAUGGUAGCCUUGCUUUCUGAGCACCAUCUAAAGAAUUUUAAACCUUUGCAUUAUUUUGAGUUUUUUCUCUGUGUGGGCAUGAAAACAAAGAAUGCCCCCACUGAAGACGGGGCUCAAAGGACUGAUGCAGGGCUGGGUCUUCUCCCCCUUCUUCUCUCCCUGCACUUUUCUUACUCCUUCUGAACCUCUACCAGCUGCUCCUAGAAUCACGGAUCCUCAGGACCAUCUCAGGCAUCCAGGCAUGGCAAAAGUGGAAAUAAUUCAUUUUGGCCUUCAAACUUUCAACUCCCAUCUCUCCCCCAAGAAGUCAGAGACGCUGUUACUUGAAUGAUUUAGGAAAUGAGUGUGUGCACCAAAGACAAAAAGAUAUUGUCUAUCGUUCAUGUGCUUGUUUUGCGCUAUGGAACAUUUUUUAAUUUAUUCUGAGAUAAAUUAUUAAGUUGAAAAUGUGUGUCCCCAUUCAGAAGUGAGAGAUUCUUCUUGUAAUAGUUAAACCUCUGUCUUGAAGUUUCUGUGGUUCAUAGUCUUUGCACAGGAAAUCUACGGUUUUAAGAAACCCAUACACAUAUCGAAGAAGGCAGUUUAAUUCAAUGAAAAGAAGAUGAGCUUUUACAAGAUCACCUGCAAUAGCAGGAAUGGAAUAAGAUGAUUAAAGACACUGUAAAAUUCAGUUCUGCCUCUCUUGCAGCAUUGCUUCUCACAACUAUUACCUGUACCUGAAAAAAAUAUAUAUAUAGACGCCAGCUGCUACAUUAGAGCAUACGUGAUGCUCUCCAGGACCUCAGUACCCUGCCUUCUUGACUGGUUUCUCUUAAUCAGUCCUGUCCUUCUUCAAGUAAUCCAGAAGAAUGUGGAUAAUCUUAGGCGUGAAUGUAAAUGCCUUAAUAUUGAAGGUCCUGAUUAGAAGCAUGAUAUAAGACAUCCACUGGAUUCAUAUUUACAAAUAUCCCGGAAUGUUAGUAGCUUCAAAAUAUGUUAGAAAAACCCCAAAGAUGGUAUAAUCUUUAAGUGCGCACGUUCGUUCAUUUCUGCAUCUUUCCUCCCAACCUGCCUUUGCGUCUCAGAUGUUUCACUAUGCACACUUCCAUCCCUCCUUGGUUUCAUCUUGCCAUCAUGAGAAACUUAGCGAAAUAAUCAUUGGAAUAUUUGCAUUUUGCACAAUGACUGGUAUGAUAGCUCUUGACAAAUAAGGAAAGCACUGAAAUGUGGUGAUUGGGUCUCGGGAAAUGCGCAGAUUGAUGUAUCGCCAGCAUUUCUUCUGGGCUUUUGAUGUUGAGCUCUAGUCUUGUAGCCAUAUGAGCAGAUCCACUAAGAGAAGCUAGGGUUUCUUGGGGUUAUUAACCAGUAGUGUGGAGAUAGUGUUUUCACGUUGGCCAAGGAAAAGCAAAGGCCUUUCUUUUUAGUUUGUGUUAUUUGGAAGACAGAAAAACAUCUUGUCUACACCCUUUGGCUGUUUGUAGGAUUACAUUGUCCUUAUGAUACUGAAACUUUACAGCUGCUAUAAAUUUUUUAUAAGUGAAUAUGAAAAUAAUAUAAUAGGAAUAUAGGUUGUUUUUCUACAUUCUCAUUAUUUGGACCUAAAUCAAUUUUUAAUAAGAAAGUUAAUCUUUACUCUUUAUGACAUUAUGAUUCCAGAAAAGGAAAAAAAUAGAUAAGUGUGUGGAGUCAGCUCUCCGGACUUGGAGUUCUGUGGUGAGGAUGCGGCCGGGACCAUGUGUUGGCCCCCCUCGUGCACUCCCGCUGUCUCCACUGUCUUCAGAAUCCCAGGCUCCAGAUGAGAGGCAGCAAUCAAUCCGUCUUACUCCUUGUUAGAAAUGGUUGUCCGUAAUUUGGUAGAGAAAACAGAGGAAUCUAUAAGUAGCAGAUUUCUUAUUAUUUUAACUAUUGGAUAUAAUUGAAAGGUGUUUAUUGUUAGCAUUAGAAUUGGUGACUACGGAUAACCCAGCCACUUGUUCCAUAUUGGGAUCUUUUUAAUCAAGCUCUGCCUCUUAAUCAAGAAUCUAAAUAUUCCCUCUUUAUAAUCUUUGUUCCUUCUCCCCAUGCUCCCAUCCUCUUUCACUCUUUAUUCAUAAUUCCUCUAAGAAAAAGAUCUUUGCAUCAGCAGUAAUAUCUUUUAGAAUAGCACUAUCAGAAUUUAGUAGUAAACCAACAUAGAGGCUUCAGAUUUAGUUCUGAGUCCAAAAUAAUUUGUGCUAUCCAGGGUUCUGAACUCUGGGUUACAAGUACAGGGUAUAGAUUCCCUCUUCAGGUCUAAACAGGAAUUUUUAUUCUAGGGAAAAGUGGGAAGAGCUCAAAAGUAGUUAAUAAGGAAGGUAAUUGGUUUUUCUUUUACCCAAAAGAAAAGAAAAUUCCUUCUGUGACUACAGGUCUCUGAGAAAUUAUCUUUCAAAAGAGAUUUCAUUGCUCAUAAGAGUGUUGUGGCCUAUUGAUAAAAACAAUUUUGUUCACUUUCUUGUCUUGAAAAAAAGUGGCCUUAGCUUUUUGCAAUACUUGAAUAAAGUGUGUCCUCGCACAGCAUUAGAGACUCAUAACUUUUCUGCAAGAAGUUCAAACUUACAUCUUCUUUUACUACCUUAAGAAUACUAGUGAAGAAAACAUUAAUUCAAAGAGCAAAUGAUAGAAACUACAAUGAUGUUUAAUGCAAAUUGUAGGAAUUUACAUGUUUACAAAUCAUCUUGAACUGGUUGUGCAGCAAUUCAAUAAAAUAUCUUUGUAUUAUAAAAUGUGAAGAAAACAAUGUAAACUGAUGUAAAGGAGGUACUGUCAUUUUAAUUAACCUAUGUUUAAUAGCUUUUCCUUCCGGACUUUGCAAAGCCUUCUUGGGAAACACAUUGCAAAGCAUUCUCUGGGAGGCCUGGCCUCCGUGUGUGUACUGUACUGUGCAGACAUGAAAAACAAACCCGUUUACUGUGUACGUGUAAAUAGCCUGGGCUUCAGGCCAUUUUCAGCCAAUAGUCACAUCCAGUGCAGCUUUGCACAGAAGACUUGGGGUGUGGUUUGUAAGUAUGAUCUGUAAAAUAAGUGGGAUGAAUUCCCAUGUAUACCUGUGUAAAUAGAUUUGUUAACUGAAAUGUACUUUAAGAAAAGAUAAAAUCUGUAAAUAAACUGAUUUAUAAAUUAA